AUGAAGUUAGUUCUUUGGACAUUUGUAUUUACUUUUUACACAUUAUGGGUUAGAACUGUCAGUGGUGUAGGAAAGACCGUUGCCGCAAAUAAAGAAACUGGCAGAUAUAUAGGAGUGCCGUCUUCGCAAGUUCAACUUGUCCCGAUAACAUAUUCGACUCAAUCCGGUCCCUGUCAUUGUCUACCUGGACCACCAGGGCCACCUGGGCCGCGUGGGGCACCAGGACCAACCGGUUAUAACGGACGUGAUGGUAAACCUGGAAUACCCGGUUUUCCGGGUAAGAAAGGACAUCCAGGUCUCAAAGGCGAUAAGGGAGAUUCUGGUCCAAUAGGGCACAGUGGACGUCAUGGCUACCCGGGACUACCAGGACCAAUCGGACCACCGGAUCACACAGACUAUAACUAUUACCAUAGGGAAUAUGGUCUACAUCAUCAUCAUGAUCGAGGUCAUUCACAGCCAUAUAUAAUACCCUUGCCUCCAUCCGACAUCUAUCACCAGCCUUACCCAUACCCAUAUCCUCCAUCAUAUUCAAACUAUCGUAGAUGGCCACAUUGGAACACAACUAGAUAUAACAUUGAUAUCGAUAACACAAAUGACAACGAUAUUAUAAAUGAUAUUGAUAUUAAUAUUUAUCGAUCAAAUAACACAGGUCGAUACUUUACUGAAGACUUAAAAUCAAACAAAAAUGAAGACGGUUCUAUAGAAUUAAGAGAAAAUACAAACAAUUCUUUUGAGGAAGAUGGUAUAGAAGAAUUGCAGAGUUUCGAAGAAGAUACAUAUGAUUCUGAAGAUAGCAACAGCGAGGAUAAAGACCUUAUGGGGCGAUCGAAGCACAGCCAAAUCCCAUCAGAAUUAAAUUCUAAGCAUAUAAUACGAUUAAUUAAGCUACCAAAAUAA